AUGAAUAAUUAUUAGUCUUUUUCAAAUCCAGUCUAUGAACCAAUACCAACACCUUUAACACCAAAAUAUGAGGCUCUUUUUUCAUCCUAAAUAUAAAACACAUCUAAUUCCAAUGAAAACAUCGACUAGUUGAAAUAGGAAUCCCAUUAAAUUAAUUCAGUUAGAAAGAGUGCCUAAUUUGCUAACGAAAUUAGACAUAGUGCCAGAAGUACUUUGAGCGAAGUGGAAUUGAGAGAUAUCGUAAAACAUAAAAAUUAUGUUGCCUGCCAAAUAUUUUGA